AUGGGGUCUGAGACAUUUGGGCGUUCUGUACUUGAGGGAACCACAGAAAAUCUGACAAGAAACUUGGCUGUUGUGUAUAUGGAUGAAGAUAGAUAUUAUCUCAGAGUAAGGAGCUGGACAAAAGUUUUCCUAGUGAAUGGACUCAAGAAACAGGCGGGAGUAGUCAUGUUAAUAUUCUUCUUGUUUUUGGGAAUCUACAUGGUCUCUGUGAUGGGGAACUUGGGCUUGAUUGUUCUGAUUGUUUUGCAUCCUCACCUGCACACCCCCAUGUACUACUUUCUCUUCAACCUUUCCUUCAUAGAUCUCUGCUACUCCUCUGUCAUAAUCCUCAAAAUGUUAGUGGGUUUUUUUUUGAAGCAGAACAUCAUCUCUCAUGCUGAGUGCUUGAUUCAACUCUUUUUCUUUGCCUUCUUUGUUAUUGAUGAAUGUUACAUUUUGACAGCAAUGGCUUAUGACAGAUAUGCUGCCAUUUGUAAGCCCCUGCUUUACCAGGUCACUAUGUCUCAUCAGGUCUGCCUAUUGAUGACUUUGGGUGUGUAUUUGAUGGGCUUUGCUGGUGCCUUGUCCCACAUAGUUUGCAUGCUGAGACUCACCUUCUGUGAUCGCAACAUCAUCAAUAACUACGUAUGUGAUGUACAUCCUCUCCUUAAACUCUCCUGCACAAGUACCGCCAUUAAUGAGCUGGUACUUUUCAUUGUUGUUGGUGUCAAUAUAACAGUGCCCAGCCUGACUCUCUUUGUUUCUUAUACCUUAAUUCUUUCCAACAUCCUCAGCAUCCAUUCUGCAGAAGGUAGGUCAAAAGCCUUCAGUACCUGUGGCUCCCAUGUGAUUGCUGUUUCUCUUUUCUUUGGAGCUGCAGCCGUCAUGUAUCUUAAGCCUUCUAGUGCAUCUGUGGAUGAAGAUAAAGUAUCUACUCUCUUUUAUACCAUUCUGGGUCCAAUGCUGAAUCCUUUCAUCUACAGUAUAAGGAAUAAAGAUGUGCACAAUGCACUGAAAAAAACUUUGAAGAAAAAGAUAUUCACCUAA